CAGUGUUCUAUGGCAGUGUAACGUCAGUGGAAUUCGUGCACACUUCUAAUAAAAUUCGGUCCUCGUAAACGGAUACAACCUUCAAAUUACGUCCAACAUGUCUGACAUAAGACAACGUAAACACGUCUCUAAAGAAGACAACUCUAUUGAAGAUGUCAUUCAAACAGAGGAUGUUUCAUCAAAACCCCAUGCAGUCCAGGUGGUUUUAGCCAAUGAAGAUCAUACUUUUUCACUCGAUGAAGAAGCUUUAAAGCGAGUUUUACUGAGAGAUGAAGUCAAAGACAGAUAUGUUUGUGUUGUUUCAGUAGCUGGAGCUUUCAGACACGGAAAAUCAUUCUUAUUGGAUUUCUUCCUACGUUUUAUGAGAUCUAAAUAUGAACUUAAACAGAACACAUCUCAAUGGUUGGGUUCAGAAGACACACCUUUGGAUGGUUUUUCAUGGCGAGGGGGUUCCGAGAGAGAUACAACAGGUAUUUUGAUGUGGUCUGAGAUAUUUUUAACCGAACUUGCAACAGGUGAAAAGGUAGCAGUUUUAUUGUUAGAUACCCAGGGAACGUGGGACAGUGAAAGUACAGUUAAAGAAUGUGCUACAAUUUUUGCUUUAAGCACCAUGAUUAGUUCCGUUCAAAUAUACAAUCUUUCCAGUAAUAUUCAAGAAGACGAUUUGCAGCAUUUACAGCUUUUCACCGAAUAUGGUCGCCUAGCUCUAGAAGGCUCCGGCGUGACCCCCUUCCAACGCCUGCAAUUCCUGGUCCGCGAUUGGCGCUUCCCCUACGAGGCUCCUUAUGGCGCAGUGGGCGGCCAACAGAUCCUCGAGAAGCGCCUCAAAGUCAACGAAAACAGCCACCAGGAACUCAUCUCGCUUCGCAAACAUAUCCGGUCCUGUUUCUCGGAAAUCGCAUGCUUCCUCAUGCCCCAUCCCGGUAUCAAGGUGGCUACGAGUCCUACGUUCGAUGGCAGAUUGACAGAAAUCGACAGUGAAUUCGUCGACAACCUAAAAAUCCUGGUUCCAAUGCUUUUGGCGCCGGAAAAUUUGGUAUUAAAGAAAAUAAACGGCGAAAAAGUAAAAGCCAAAGAUUUCGUCCAGUACUGUAAAUGCUAUAUGGAAAUUUACAAAGGAAAUGAGCUUCCAGAGCCUAAAUCCAUGCUUGUUGCAACUGCCGAAGCCAAUAACCUCUCUGCAGUGGCUGAUUCAAAGGAUAUGUACGUACAACUUAUGGAAGACGUUUGUGGUGGUACCAAACCGUUCUUGAACGAAGAUUUAAUGGAACAAGAGCACAAAAAGUUUAAGGACAAGGCUUUGAAUCAGUUUGAUAACAAGAAAAAAAUGGGAGGAGAAUCUUUUAGUGCCAAAUACAAGGAACAACUUGAAAAGGAUAUCGAUGACACUUUUACGCAAUUUAAAGCCCAUAAUGAGAGCAAGAACAUUUUUAAAGCAGCUCGUACCCCAGGCGUUUUCUUUGGCAUAUGCGUGCUCUGUUACGUCAUGUCCGGUGUGAUGGGACUCAUCGGCAUCACCAGUCUGGCCAACAUAUUCACUUUGGGAGUGUACGUCUGUUUGCUGACGUUGGGAUUGUGGGCGUACAUUGGGUACAGCGGUGAGAUGCGCGAUGUGGGGUCUUAUUUGGACGAGGUUGCCACGUUUAUCUGGGAGAAUUUGCUCAAAACAGCCGUUCAAGAGAUCGCUUCAAAAACUCAAGUUCAGCAAAUGGCCACCGAUAUGGCAGAACGUACUGUUUUAAAUGCGACCAUGCAGGCCGUUAACGGCAAAUCCAAAAAGAAGCAAUGAUCUAACCUGAAGCUGCGCGCAACAAAUCUCUAGAUCUAGUCUCCGCCAUUAUUAUAUUAUUCCUCCUCUCAGCAAAUAUAUAAUAUUUUGAUGAUGAUAAUUAACCACACCGUACGCGCAAUGUUACAUAUAUUUUAACCUAAAAAAAUGUGGUGGUCCAACAAGAGGGGCCCCGAGAGGGAACCUUGUGGCACUGCCUGUCGUUUUUUUUAGCGUUUUCUGUAAAAUAUUCCCUGUAUAUUUUGUAAAUUUUGGAUUGUUGUGCACUAUAUCUAGAUAAUCUUGCCACCUUAUUAAUUAUAUUAUAUAACUAUAACUCUCUUUAUAUAUGUAACAUUGUUUUUUAUCUAUAUACAUUUAUUAUGUGAUAUCUUUGGCAAUGUUGGUAUUAUAUGUAUGUAUAUCUAAUUUAUUAAUUUUGUAGUUGCUAAUUUUUUAUUUAUAUUUAUUGUUCGAACAAGUUGACAAUUUUAAUGACAUAUUUUAUUCUGCUUAUGGGGCUUUAUUGUUAAUAGUUGAAUUAAUUAAUUUUUGUUAUUCAUUAUGCACACUAUUUAUUUUUGCAUUUUUUAUUAGCAAAGGGCUUUAAAACUUUAUUUUAGUUCCACCCUGUAUACUUACAUAUGUAGAUUAAAAUAACCUUUUCAUUUGGUAAGUAGGUACUUAAUCUACAUAUAAAUUUAAGACAAUUUUUUAUUUAAAAAUGUUAAAAAAUACACUUAUUUCAUACAUAAAAAUGUUAAUAAUUAUAUUUUAAAAAUAAACCGGAUUUUAGCUUGCCUUUAUGUGCCAAAAAAUUUAAAAGCAAAAUCAUUAGUUUCUCAUUUUUAUGUAGAUUGUAGGGAUAUUGAAAAGGUUAUUUUAAAUUGCCCUGUGGUAGUGCAAAUAUUAUAUAAAUGACGCAUUUUAUUUUUAUGUGUUUAAAUUUUGCUUGGCAUUUAAAACAACCAAAAAAAACAAAAAAAUAAAUUUAUAUCUACAAGUACAGUGUGACACAACUGUGAGUACGAAACUGUACACUCUAAAGAAUAAAGUACUGACAUUGCAAUAUAAAUAAUUUAAAAAACACCCAAGUGCCUCAACAAUAAGUUAAAUAAUUGAAUGUUACUUAGUUAAUUGUGGUCGUUUUGUAACGUGAUUUUUUUUAAGCCUUCAGUGGCAACCUUUUUUUGUUUUUUUUAUUGUAUAGUUAAACUUAAAUCAACAUUCUCCACACCUGGUUUUUAGGUUAGUUUUUAGUACUUGACUGGGUGUCGAUUAUGUGUAUCUAGCGUUAAUAUUUAUCAUUAGAAUGGAUUUUAUCAAAAAAUUCAUGUUUAUCAAACAUUUUUAAUAUUACAAAAAAAAUGGCAGUUAUGGUGGAUAUGCUCAAAAAUACCGUUUCAGAUUUAUGUAAUAUUGGUUUUUGGAU